GGGGCAGUGUCACCAAAAUCAGGAAACUAAGUGUAGCUAUUUAUACAACUGAGCACAGGGUUAUAGUUGGUGGAAGUUUCAGUUGAAGAGAAAAGCAGCUUGAGUCAACUUGAGAAACCAAAAGGACGUAUUUGUGCAAAUGGUGCUUAUCGUGAGGUGAUUUUGUGCACUUUGAGGCUUCACAACCAUGGAAGAACCCGUCUCAAGUAAUAAAUCAGCUAAAUCUGAAUCCCAUUCAUCUCAUGAGCUGCUAAUACUGUACACAGCUGAGGCACAGGAAUGGGCAACAUAUUUGCAGCAGAUCUUGAAAUCCUCCAGAAAAUUCCGCAAAAUGUCUAUUUUGCUGCACGCAAUCGACCCAGCCGAUCAGCUCCACGGAUAUGACUUUGAAUAUUUCCAAAGCUGCAAGAGCAUUGUGCUGCUCCUCACGGGAGUGAUCCUGGACUUGCUGUGUGACCCUGAACUGCACAGGGCACUUCAGAGCCUCCUUAAUCCUCCACAUAGAGUGGUGGUGCUGCUGUGCGGCGUGUCGGAGGAUGACACACUGACGGAGAGCUUCAGAGACUGGCAGAGCUGGAGAAAACUCUACGCCGACGACGAGCCCGGGGUCUACAUUUCCACCAUUAUGGAGUCCAUCACUGAGAGUAGACUAGCGGAGGCGGAACAUGAGAGUGAAAGUGUAGCUGCAGCGAGGUUGCACAUCACAGCAGCCUCUCCAGCUGAAACUAACACCACUGAUGAAACGGAGGAAUUGGUGUCAGAAGAGCAACAAGAAAUCGUCCUGACGGAUGAAGAAGCGGUGAGCACGGGGAUUUCACCAAGGGAGGAACUUGGUACACCCACGCACCUCACCUGUCUCACCGUUCAACCAGACAGAGUUCUGUGUGGGGGACGGGGGAGACUUUUUAUAAUUUUAACGCAUAAAGUAGAUGAUCAGUCUGUACCGGAGGUGGAGUUUUCAUCUGAAAAUAUGCCUGCAAAAAGAGUCCCAGGAACUGUGGAGAAUGAAUACACGAUAAGUGUGACUGCACCUGAUAUGCCUGCUGGAGUGGUAUCACUCGCCAUGUACGCUGACAACCUCUCUGUCAGCUUGAAGCCCAUCACAUAUUAUACCAGUAUGGGGGAAGUCAGUCGGUAUAUUGAAAAAGCUGCUGAUCCUGUUAACUUCAUCUGCCAGGCCUUCAACUUGACGUCCAAUGCAACUGAAUCCCUGGACAAAAUGUUAACUGACUCGUUAAAAUCCAGGAUGCCUGCAACUAGUCUUCAGCUGUUUGGAAUCAGACAGAUUGAAGAAGACAAUAUGACGGCAUAUCAGCGUAAAGAGGAGCUUCCCACGCUGCUCCACUUUGCUGCUAAGUACGGCCUGAAGAAGCUGACCACCCUUCUCCUUCAGUGUCCUGGAGCUCUGCAGGCUUACAGCGUGAUGAACAAGUCUGGACACUACCCGAACAAGCUGGCAGAGAAGAGUGGCUUCUCUGAUCUCAGACAGUUCAUGGAUGAAUUUGUUGAGACAGCAGACAUGCUCAAGUCUCACAUCGUGGACUCCAUCAACACAGAGGAGGAUGUAGAGAUUUAUGAGAUGAUGUCAACUACCUCUCAAGACAUCAUGAUGAAGUACUCGGGUUGCUCAGAGGACAUAUAUGAGUCGAUGCUGGGCAUUGACCCUGAAUGUGCAGAGGACCUAUAUGAGGUGAUGAACCCCGAGGAAGCUAUGCUCAGAAAGUUCUUUCAAGCAAAACCACAUGCCAGUGUAAACCAGAACAACGAGGAGCAUCUGAAAAUUGAGGAAGAGGAAAAAGACAAUCCUAAUGAGUUCGAUCAAAUCGAAGAGGAGGAUCCUUACAACCUGUGCCCAGAGGACAUCUAUGAUACUUUGGAUGAUAACCUCACCUAUGAAUCAGGAAUCCUGAACCGUCCACCAGCCCCCAUCCCCAGAUCUGAGUCCGAGUCUGAGCUUGAUAAGAAUAUGACCGUCAUCUCCAGAGUAUUUACAGAUAAAGCUACGCCCCAGAGUAAAGCGAUGGGCAUGGGAUGUCCUGCAGCUCGGCCGGCGGAGGAGCCCCCCUUACCUCUGUAUGACCCCUACGCUGGGAUGAAGACACCUGGACAGAGACAGCUCAUAUCUCUGCAGGAGAAGGUGAAGGUGGGGGAAAUUACUGUAGAUGAGGCCGUCCAAGAGUUCCAGGCCUGGCAGUUUGACCAUGAGCGGAGGUCCGGCUCCAUACGCUAUCAGCAGGAAAACCUAAAGAAAUUAAGAGAAAGCAUCACCAGACGUCACAAAGAGAGAGAGAAGAGUGGAAAAGAGCUCGAUUUUGAGAUAAGUGCUCCGAUGCAGAGGAACUUAUACUGGGGCACAAAUGUGACCAUGGAGUGUUCUGUGUACGAGCCAGCACCCAGAACGGCGGCGGUGCCGCCUCCUCCAGCGGCUCAUCUUAUCCAGAGAGGCGGCUGGAAGACUGGAAGCACGUCCAGCACAUCCAGCACUGAGAGCAACAGACUCAGCACUCACAGCACCUUCAGCUACAGCAGCGGGACAGAGCCUGAAUUUGAGGAAACGUUUGAAAAUGUCCCUCCUCCUCCACGACCUCCGCGGUCGUCUGACACUGCACCCAGGAUUCCUUCACGGAUCCCAGGAAGGGUGCCAGAGAACAUGCUGCACAAGCGCUACAUAUCCUGCCCGACUCGAGCAGUUCCUCAAAGACCCACUGAAAGACACGCAAACUCAGCGCCUGCCUUACCUCGCCGCCUGCGGUAAUCCACACACGUCUAAUUUAAGUUAUGAGUAUUUCAAGAGGGAUGGAGGAGUUACAAAGACCUUUGGAAACAGCCGUCAGACAUGCAGAGAGACAUUUUUUUUUCUUCUGUCUUUUCCGCUUUCAUUAAUUGUAUCAGUGUCCCUGAAGGCCCUGUCACACAUAUCCGUAUGACAGAAACGUAUGCCGGCUCAUACGAAAUAUCGGCAAUAGGUUGAUAUAAAUUAAGGGUAAGUUGUGAUCGUUUGAAGGACGCAGACGAUACGCCGAAC